CGCUUUCAGUACAGUGUGCAAUAUAGACAUGGGCAAUUGGUGUUCAUGUAUAAGGAAGAAUAAGGAAGAAGAAGAACAUCCCAAAAUUCAAAAUGGAACUUGCGUUGGCAGUACACAAAGCAAUGGAUCUACUGAGAUCAUAUCAGACGAUGCCCCAGAAGAAGCCUCUUUCGAUUACUUCAGCAAAUCGAACGUCGCAGAAAAUAACAAGGGCAAACACGCACCAACCCAUGUUGACGCACACAAUCAAGAAACGAACACAGAACCGAAGCGUAAUGAAAGUGAACGGCCACACACUUCUACCCUGAAAGGCGAUAGAGAAAACGACAAACUUCAAGACGACGGGCAAGACGCAAACGAUCAACUAAAAACUCAAACAUCAGGCUCAUAUUAUAGCGAUGAAAUUUACAACCGAAUUCAAACAAGUUCAAACAAGUUUUAUCCAGUACAAACACAAAAACAGGACCAACUUGCGCGGCAAAAGGAAGCCAGUAAGGAAUUGCUGUACAGAGUGUAUGAGAACGUUAUUGGAACACUUGAAGAAUUCGAAAGAAGAUGUAAUAAAAGACACACUUAGCAAAUGCUGGUUGUUUCUGAGAUUGAUUUUCCGGACCAAUCCGACAAAAGCGAUAGAGACGUAAAGGCUAAUAUGGACGUUCAACUUUUGUUGUUUGAAGAGCACAGAAAAUCAUGUCCUCCUAAAUUUACCAAGAAGGUCAAUGGUGAAUUGAGAAUGAAAACCAUCUACUGGGCUGCAGCAAGAGGGGAAACGGACCUCGAUGAAACGGACAAGUACACAACUAGUCUCUAUGAGAUUCUUGUAAAAGAUAAAACGCAUCACGCCGUACUUGAUCGACCCAGGUAAACAACGACAGAUCU